UUUUUUUAAAAGAUUUUCUUAAGCAUUGAAACUUUCUGGCAUUCCUCCUUCCUUUUCUCAAGGUUUCAUUGUUUAAUUUCAUUAUGUCUUUACAGAUAUUGAGAAAUGCGGUCUUUGUUUCGCUGUUUAUUAUGGUCAUUUUGCAUGAAAUAUCAUGCAUGAUCUUACCAACAAAGACGACAUACUUGGCUCACUCCACUGCAAUAUUAUCUGAAAAGCCAACUCAUUUAUCUAAAAGAGAUGAUAUUGAAACGAAUCUUGAAUUAUAUCAAAACUGGGCAAGCAUAUGUAGGCAAUAUAGAAAUGGUGGCUAUAACGCGAUCAUUGCCUCAAAUACAAACGAUGACAUUGACAUAAACAAGUUGUGGAAAACUAUUACUCAAACCAUCAAUUGCGGUCCUGGUGGUCCCGUUACUGUUACUACGACUGUAAGCGCGAGUCCGACAUCAGUACCCUCUAAUAGUGGCUCAAGUCCAUGCCAGGGGCAGUGUUGGUCAGACUAUCUAUGGCAUACCUACGGUGAUGGGAUUAGUCCUGCUCAGGGAUUCGUAGGCACGUUAUGUAUAGUCGUAGGCUUUUACUUUUUUAUACUCGGCUUCCGCUUCUUCCGUCCAACUAUGGCUCUUGUAGGAUUUAUCUUUUUUGCCACCAUGACAUGGAUUGGCCUUGUUAACAACGAACCUACUGGUGGCUACCCUCUUGCUGACUUGAUAUAUAUCUGCGUUAGCGCAGGACUUGGUGUCCUUGGUGCCUUUCUCUUUGUUUACUUUUACCCUGCUGGCAUAUAUUGUUUAGCAGGGUUAGGAGGAUUUUAUGUUGCGGUUUAUAUAAUGUCAUGGAAAGAAAAUCUCGUUAUCAUUAUUAAAGUUGCUCGUGUAUGCUUUAUUAUAGGCUGUGGAGUACUAUCCUGCGUACUACUUUACUUUGCUGAGACAUACAUGGUAUUCAUGUAUACUGCAUUCAUUGGCUCAUACCUGUUCUUCUUUGGUCUUGAUUUUUUUGUACAUACUGGCUUUAUCAACCCAUGGCUACUUAUUUUCGAUGGAAACCCGAAUCACCAUAAUACUUAUUUGAUGAGUACCUCUGUGCGAGUCAUGUUGGCGCUUGUCUUAUUUAUCUUUUUGGUGUCUAUCAUUUGGCAGUAUUAUUGGCAUGUCAUUCGUUGUCCUCGAAAGUUUGGCGUGGUUAUUGUGGAAGAAGAAGUGAAAAAAGAAGAAAAAAAGGAAGAAAAACCAGCAGAUCCCCCUUCAGAGCCCAUCGUCUGUUGUCCUCCUCCAUACUAUCCCCCGCCUUACUACCCUCAACCUAUCUUUACUCAAAAUAUUUAUACAGCCCAUUAAUGUAACAUAUAUAUACCAAUCGAUUCUAAUCAAAACGCUCACACUUCUUUUUGGUUUUUUUUUCUCACUUUUGCUGUGUCGAACAUGCAGGCAUUCUCAAGAUACAUAAUAAAGAAAUUCAAUAUGUCAGUUCUUACCAGCA